ACAUGGCUUUAGGGCGGCCAUGUUGGUAGGGGCAACAACAUUCCCAUCACAGUCAGUGCAUCACCAUUUAAAUGAAGUCAUAACUAGCCUGUUUUUCGUAAAAGAUUAUUGAAAUGACCUUUUAUCACCCCUACCAACAUGGCAGCCCGGGCAAAAACGUUCCCAUCAAAGUCAGUGCAUCGACAUUAAAAUAAGUCAUAACUAGCUUAUUUUAUUCAAAGAUUAUUUUAUCAACGUCAAAGCAUUUGCUAUUUACUCAGUGGCUCGACGGCCGAACUGUUUGACGUGGAAGGGCUGGCAGUGAAUUAACGUUUGUUACCACUUCAAAUGGAUUAGAUGUUUAUUAGCAACAUGGCUUUAGGGCAGCCAUUUUGGUAGGGGCAACAACAUUCCCAUCAAAGUCAAUCUGGCAACAUUAAAAUGAAGUUAUAACUAGCCUAUUUUUAGUAAAAGAUUAUUGAAAUGACCUUUUAUCACCCGACCAACAUGGCAGUCGGGGCGACAACAUUCCCAUCAAAGUCAGUGCAUCGACAUGAAAAUAAGUCAUAACUACCUUAUUUUAUUCAAAGAUUAUUUUAUCAACGUCAAAGCAUCUGCUAUUUACUCAGUGGCUCGACGCACAAACUGUUUGACGUGGAAGGGCUGGCAGCGAAUUAACGUUUGUUACCACUUCAAAUGGAUUGGAUGACUACUAGCAACAUAGUUUCAGCGCAGCCAUGUUGUGUUAGCUCCACUUUUGGCUCCUCCCGAGAAGAAGAAGAUUAAAGCGAGCGACUCGUCGGACGGACGGGCCAGUCGCGUGGGUUCCGUCAUGGGCGCCCACGGCUCCAACCUGGACGACAUCCUGGAGGAGGACAUGCACCACUGGUACACCAAAUUCAUGCGGGAGUCGCCGUCCGGCCUCAUCACGCUCUUCGAGCUCAAGACCAUGCUGGAGAUGAACGGCAUGACGGAGGAGGCCAGCAGCUACGUGGACCAAGUCUUUUUCACCUUCGACAUGGACGGCGACGGUUACAUCGACUUUGUGGAGUACAUCGCCGCCAUCAGUCUGCUCCUGAAGGGAGAAGUCAACCAGAAGCUCAAGUGGUACUUCAAACUCUUCGACCAGGACGGAAACGGAAAAAUCGACAAGGACGAGAUGGAAACCAUCUUUAAGGCCAUUCAAGACAUCACAAGGAGCUACGAAAUACCCCCCGAAGAAAUCGUCACGCUCAUCUACGAGCGGAUCGACGUCAACGGCGAAGGCGAGCUGACCCUGGAGGAGUUCAUCACUGGCGCUCGGGAGCACGCCGACAUCAUGGAAAUGCUGACCAAGAUGAUGGACCUCACCCACGUGCUGGAGAUCAUCAUCAUGGGACAACGCAAGGCGGCCAAGUGAAGGCCGAGCCCGUUCGCUCAGGAAAACGCACGUCGACCCCCGUCGGAGGGAGGCGGAACUUGCCACGAGAUCGACGGCAACCGAUGACGUCCAAAUGGAUUGGACGUACAUGACUGUCAAUGGCCCAAAAAAAAAAAAUCAAGGCAAAAAUCAUUUUGAUUUUGUUGCUGUGGUUUUCUAUGAUGAACCGACAGAGGGCGCCAAAGUUUGUCAUUCGAUCUACUAUAAAUAUUGCAUUCUCUAAAAUAGCCCUAAAUCAACAAAGUCCCCAUUGUUAUUAGCUAAUUGACUGCCCUUAACGACGAUAGACGUCCAAUCCCUUUUGACUGGAAAGGCUAGCAGCCCGGCAGUCAAAUUGGGAGUGGACGUCUAUCGCAGUCAGUGGCCGCAAAUAAAAAUAAAAUCAAGCCCCCCCCCCCACCCAAAAAUCCUUUGAUUGAUUUUGUUGCAAUGGUUUUCCAUGAUGAACCAACAGAGGGCACCCUAGUUCCUCAUUCAGUUUACAUUCAAUACUGCAUUAUUUAUAUAGCCCUAAAACACAUUAUUAUUAGCUAAUUGGCUACCAUUGACCGCGAUAGACGUCCAAUCCAAUUUGACUGGAAGGGUUGGCAACCCCCUAGUCAAAUAUAAUUCGCCGUUAAUGGCCAAAAAAUCAUUUUGUUGAUUUUGUUGCCGUGGUUUUCUAUAACAUACCGACAGAGGGCGCCAAAGUUCCUCCUGCAUUGUACUUUCAUUAUUGCAUUGUUUAUAUUAGCCCCAGUGCCCUAACCACCAAAGUCCACAGUAUUAUUAACUAAUUGGCUGCCAUGGACGGCGAUAGACGUCCAAUAAUUUAUGACUGGGAGUUCUAGUAGCCCCUAGUCAAAUUUUAAUUGUCGUCUAUCACCGUCAAUGGCCACAAAAAAAAAAAAAAAAAAAAAAAAAAAAAAAAACAAGGCCCCCCAAAAAAUCCUUUUAUUGAUGUUGUUGCAGUGGUUUUCUAUGAUGAACCCACAGAGGGCGCCAAAGUUCCUCAUGCGAUCUACUUUCAAUAUUGCAUUGUCUAAAAUAGCCCUAAAUCACCAAAGUCCACAUAGUUAUUGGCUAAUUAGCUGCCAUUGACGACGAUAGACGUCCAAUGCCUUUUGACUGAGAGGGCUGUCAGUCAAUUUUGAUCGGACAUCUAUCGCCGUCAAUGGCAGCCAAUAAGCUAAUAACUAUGUGGACUUUGGUGAUUUAGACCUAUUUUAGGCAAUUAGACGUCCAAUCCCUUUUGACUGAGAGGGCCGUCAGCCCGCCAGUCAAAUUUGAUCGGACGUCUAUCGCCGGCAAUGGCCCAAAAAAAAAAAAAAAAAAAAAAAAAAAAAAUCAAGAGUGGAAAAAAUCCUUUGAUUUUGUUGCGGUUCUUUUCUAUGAUUAACCAACAGAUGGCGCAAAGGUUCCUCCUGCAUUGUACUUUAAAUAUUGCAUUGUCUAAAAUAGCCCUAAAUCACCAAAGUCCACAAUAUUAUUAACUAAUUGGCUGCCAUGGACGGCGAUAGACGUCCAAUCAUUUAUGACUGGGAUGUGUGGCAGCCUGUAGUCAAAUUGGAUUGGACGUCUAUAGCCGUCAAGGGCUGUGAAACAUCAUCGCUCAAUGUCGACUAAAAUGUGAUGCCACGUGUUGUCUGAUUGUGCGUGAUUUAAUCAUAAUUAUCAAGGAAAAUACAAACGUUAUUCCUGAACAAUGUCUUUCGUGGGAAGGUUUACAUGACGUGUGUCAUGUUUUUUGGUGCGCUGACUCAAGUCCAAAAAGUUUUUGCUUUUGUUUGAUGGUGUAAAGUACUGUAAACGGUGAUGUAUUGCAGCAUUAGCUCGUGUAUUCAGUGUCUUCCACUUGUACUACAGUGUUGCCUUAAUAUGAUGGAUCCUCACACCAGAUAUGUUUUAAGAUUCUCUUUCAUGUACACCUGCGGGUUUGACAACAAAGCAUCUCCCCGAGUCCAAAUGUCCAAUUUUCCUCUGAGAGGUCAUUUUGCUUCCAUUAUAUAAUCCAACCCUCA